GAGCCAGCCUGGGGGACCAAGAUAGGGACAGCUCAUGGAUUCAGCCUUCCUUUGUCUUGCAGGCGAAAGACAGUGAUGAUGAGGAGGAGGUCGUCCACGUGGAUCGGGACCACUUUAUGGAUGAGUUCUUUGAACAGGUGGAAGAGAUCCGAGGCUGCAUUGAGAAACUGUCGGAAGAUGUAGAGCAGGUGAAAAAACAGCACAGUGCCAUCCUGGCUGCCCCCAACCCAGAUGAGAAGACCAAACAGGAACUGGAGGACCUCACUGCAGACAUCAAGAAGACGGCCAACAAGGUUCGGUCCAAGUUGAAAGCGAUCGAGCAAAGCAUCGAACAAGAAGAGGGACUGAACCGUUCCUCCGCGGACCUGCGCAUCCGCAAGACCCAGCACUCUACGCUCUCCCGGAAGUUCGUGGAGGUAAUGACCGAAUAUAACGCGACCCAGUCCAAGUAUCGGGACCGCUGCAAGGACCGGAUCCAGCGACAGCUGGAGAUCACCGGCAGGACCACGACCAAUGAAGAACUGGAAGACAUGCUGGAGAGCGGGAAACUGGCCAUCUUCACGGAUGAUAUCAAAAUGGACUCGCAGAUGACAAAGCAGGCACUGAAUGAGAUUGAGACGAGGCACAAUGAGAUCAUCAAACUGGAAACCAGCAUCCGUGAGCUGCACGACAUGUUCGUGGACAUGGCCAUGCUUGUGGAAAGCCAGGGGGAGAUGAUUGACCGCAUCGAGUACAACGUGGAACAUUCCGUGGACUAUGUGGAGCGAGCUGUGUCCGACACCAAGAAAGCUGUGAAAUAUCAGAGCAAGGCGCGGAGGAAGAAAAUCAUGAUCAUCAUUUGCUGUGUGGUGCUGGGGGUGGUCUUGGCGUCAUCCAUUGGGGGGACGCUGGGAUUGUAGGCCCCUCACCCCUAUCUCUCCUAGACCCUUCCCCCACCACAUUGGGAGCAAUACCCCCACCACCCCUUUCACUCCUGCUCCGAGCUCACCCCCAGAACAGACCCAGGCAACCCCACUCCCUCUUCCACCCACGGCAGACCCUGGAAUUCCUGGGCCUCACCCUGCCAUGGACCACCCCCUGCCCCCGCACGUAGAUAGCAGCAGGCGUGAUCACACAUGCACACCAACAUGCAUGCCGCCGGCACAUGCUCGAGACGUGUGGACACCCCAGCGUGUGUGUACAUGUGUAGAUGUGUAGAUGCACCGAAUCACCCCUCUUGCCCUCACCUUGAGUCUGUGUGUGGUCUGAGCUUCCCCUUCACCUGGGUUGUUGUGUAGACUGUUCCUGAGUACAACAUAGCAGCCCACCACA